CUGCAAUUCUAUUGGUUUGAACUUGACCCGCGAAUCCAAAACAAACCAAUCAACGCGUUCUUUUUAGGCCACUGCUAGACCGAAAACAUUCUGGCGUGGGGUCGAUUUUAAGGCUUGGUAUAAGGGACUAUCAUCGUAGCUUGUUAGUGCUAAAUUCAAAAUGGGGAAAAAAGACAGUGAAGGAAAACCAAGAGGACGCAUGUCAUCUUAUGCAUUUUUUGUUCAGACCUGCCGUGAAGAACAUAAGAAGAAACAUCCUAAUGAUACAGUAGUUUUUACUGAGUUCACAAAGAAAUGUGCAGAAAAGUGGAAGGAGAUGACUCCUAAAGAGAAAAAAAGAUUUGAAGACAUGGCUGAGAGGGAUAAAGCCAGAUAUGAAAGAGAAAUGUCAUCAUAUGUUCCAUCAGGUGGUCAAUCAAAAAAGAGAAAGAGGACUAAGGAUCCCAAUGCGCCAAAAAGAGCUUUGUCAGCCUUUUUCUUUUUCUGUGCUGAGGAGCGACCUAAUGUGCGGGCAGCAAAUCCUGGUAUAGGUGUUGCAGAUGUUGCUAAAGAGUUAGGCAAAAAGUGGGAAGUGUGUCCAAAUAAGUCCAAAUUUGAACAGCAAGCUAUUGAAGACAAAGCUAGAUAUGAAAGAGAAAUGCAAGCAUAUCGUGGUGGUGGUGGAGGUGGAGGAGCAAGUGCUGUUCCGAGGGCAUCACCAAAAAAGGCUAAAGUUGAGGAUGAUGAUGAUGAAGAUGAUGAUGACGACGAUGAUGACGAUGAGUAAAUUUGUACUGUAUUGGUUGUUUUAUGAUGUAAAUUUUAUUUCACAUGAAUCCCAUCAUGUAAAUAGUACAUAGAAUCAUAACUUCAUUGGUAUCUGUCAUUGCUUCAUGUUUCCACUUUACUUUUGCUCAUUCUUGUUCAUUGAUUUUGGCAAAACAAACUACAUCGCCAUUUAAUCUCCAUUGAUUUUGUGACUUAGAGAGUUUCAUAUAUUAGGUAACCCUUAAGGUAAAUUUUGGCUACCUAUAAAUGUUUUCAUUUGAUAUAUUUCAACACUAGUUCCAUGACACUUGCUUAGUGUAAAAGUGCAAAAAAAAAAAAACUAUUUGCAUAGAAUUUCUAAUUAACUAUUAAAUUAUACAAGACUUCAAUGUACUGUUUUUUCAAUGGCAUUAGUUAGUAAAAGUAUUGUGUAUAGGUUUUAUCUGUAUACUUUAUCUCAUCAUCAAUGGGUAUUUACUGUAACAUAAGUAGUAAGCCACAGUUAUUUCUCAAACUUACGAGUGCAAUGAGCACUUGUAGAGGUUUUAAAAAUUGUUUGCCAUUUUGUUUCUUGUGAUGAAUAAUGUAAAUUUAUUCUCCAUUCAAUGAGCUAAGUUUUAUCUUACUACACAUUUACAGUGAUUUGAUAGCAUUUAUUGCUGUUUAAAAAAAGUUUGUAAUUAUUUUAAAUUUUUACUGUUGACAUAGAAGUACUUUUUAAAAAUUGGUUCAGUUUAAUUGCCAGGUAGUUACAGCUUUCGAUACCUAAAUGAAUACUCCUAAUUUAAAGGAAAAGAAGUCUUAAAACAUUUUCUUUAUUGUGAUUCUUUGCCUUCAUAAUGCACGUCAUAUUUUAACUUCUCACUUCAAUGUACAUUUUGUUUUAUUGGUCAGCAUUUGUCUUGAUGUUGCAACUUAUAUAAAUCCCUAUUGUGUUUAUAAACUGGAAUCUAGGUAUCAAUAAGAUCACUCUGGCAUUUGUGCCCAUUUUCACUGAUGCCUAAUUUUUUUUCAAAUUGAAAGUUAAUGAGUUGUGUAAACUGUAGGUUAUAUUUAUUUUUCAUUCUUGCCAAGCAGCAGAACCAUAAAAGGUUUCUGAAUGACCAAUAGUUUUAUGUGUUCAGAUUACAUCUUUGGGGAUUGUAAAAUAACAUUUGGUCAUUCUGAAAUCCAACACUGCAUGCAUUUUUAUUUCUUGUAAAUUUCUUGACCAAAAUAAAGCAAGUUUUAAAAUUU